CUUCAUUUUCAAAGCAUUUCCUGAUUCUAUGGCUAAAUAUAUUCAUCCAAAACUCGAUAAAGUUAGUUUUAUCAAUGUAUACUUCGAAAUUUAUAAACUUUUUGUUGACUCAACGAAAAUUAAAUGUCCUAUAAUUGUUAUUGGUGCAGAAGAAGAUAUAAUAUUUGAUUUUAAAGUUAUAAAAGAAACUGCUGAAGCUUAUGGUAUAGGAUUUGAUAUUAUUGAAGGUGCUGCUCACAAUAUUAUGUUGGACCUUACAUGGGAGGAUGCUGCUCGUGUUAUUUUUAAUAGAAUCCAAGAAAAAAUUGUUAACAAGGAAUAA